UAUUUCUUUAGUUGUGAUCGCGAGAAUCUGUUGCGUCGACCAAGAUGGCUUCUGCUCGUGCCCUUUUUCGCCACUUGCCCGUUAUAAAACAGUCUCUCGUUGCAGUGAUAGGGAAUACCGGGUCGUUCGUGAAGGUCGUGUGUGUCUUACUGAUAAUCGGCUAUGGGUUGUCGUUCUCUGAGAGCGCCGUGGAGGUGUUGAGUGUGACUCCAGGAUAUCUCCUUCCGCCGACUUUCUGGCUAUGGACGGCCUUCUCUCACUGCUUCCUUGAGGUCAGGCUGUGGCAGGUGUGCGUAGACCUCGUGACCUUAGGACUAUGUGGGAAGCUGAUAGAGCCUCUGUGGGGAACCCUGGAGAUGGUGCUGUUCUUCCUGCUGGUGAACGUGUGCGUGGCGUUCAUUUCGGCCCUGUUCUACCUGCUUAUUUACAUGGUGACCUUUGACCCUGAUGUGCUCUUUAGCGUGCAGAUCAAUGGCAUGGCAGGGUACAUUGCGGGGCUAUCUGUGGCCGUCAAGCAGAUCAUGCCCGACCAUGUCCUCCUUCACACUCGCACCCCCCUUGGCAAAGUCACCAACCGCCACGUUCCACUCUGCCUCUUCCUCACCGCACUCCUCCUCUACCUUUGUGACCUCCUCGAGGGCCUCUAUGCCACCAUGGUUGGAUGUGGCAUCGCUGUGUCAUGGGUCUACCUGCGCUUCUACCAAGUACACUCCAAUGGGACGCGUGGAGAUAUGGCCGACACCUUCGCCUUCUCUUGCUUCUUUCCAACUGUUCUUCAGCCACCAAUUCAAGUUGUUGGAAACUCUGUGUAUUCCUGUUUAGUGCGGCUCAAAAUCUGCCGAAGACCUGUAAGGAAAUAUGAUGUGGGUGCGCCUUCCUCCAUUGCCAUCUCUCUCCCAGGAAUGGAGCCUCAUGAUGCAGAAAGACGGAGACAAAAAGCUCUCCGGCUGCUAAGUGAGCGUCUAAACCACCCGCAGAAUGCAGGUGAGAGUGGAGGUGCCUGGCCAACCUUGGAUGACUCUCCUGGGUCACGCACUCAAUCUCCACAGCCUCCUCUCCACCCUCCCACACACUCUACACCCCUUCCUGCAAAGCCAGCAAAAACAGUCACCAUCUCUCUCCCAGAGGAGUCCUCAGAGCCUCCAGCGGCCCCACCGGCAGCAGCACCCAGCCCAGCUACCAGCAGUGAGGCGGGAGUCACUGCCACCCCUGCAACUGCAACGUUAGUGGAUAUUGGCCAAGAGUCCUCAACAACUACAUAACUAAGGAUUGAGGACACAAACAGAUCUUUAUGUAAUAUUGACAUAGAGGAGUUGACGAUUUGAAGUUACUUAGCAUCAGCGUGAGAGCUUCAGGUCUUCCCAACACCUCCAUGGAAUUGUGAAGCUUUUAUAUAGAGUAUAUGGGAAGGAUAUGAGGCAUUUCCAGGGACUUGUCAUCCUGUUAAGAGAAUGGGAGGGAAAAAUGAUAGUGUAGAAGUAUUCUGUAUAUAUAGUGGGGGUUGAUAUAUUUCGCCAGCAUUCUUUUUCUGCAGCGUUGUUUUGAUUUUGAUGGUUAAUCCUUUUCUCUUUCUUUUUUAUUUUCAUAUUGGCUCUUACCCACACAUGAUGGUCCUAGAGAUGAAAGACAUAUUGCUUAGUCCAGAGAACUUUGCGAACAAGUAGAAAUCGCUUUCUUGGCUAACUCUCUAUAUUAUAGGAGGAUCAGCAGCAUAUUAUGGAAUAAUAUAUAUAUGCAUAUUAAGCCUGAAUUUUAGAGGAUGCAGCCAUACCCUAGAUGUUAUUAUUGAAGUAUUUAGUCAUCCUCAGAACUACCUCACCAUCAUCAAACUUAGUAGCAAGCACCAAGAAUGGGGUUCUGAUUUUCUUUUCUUUAGGCAUAUAUUACCUGUUACUGGAAAAAACAUAUGAAAUAUAUGUAU